AAAUCACUCAAGCUAGACACUGCUCUUCGGAACCAAUCCAUUCCGACGAUACCACAGCACACUACACACACACCUCACUCAAGAUGUUCGGAUUCGACGAAGCUCGCGACAACUACCGUGAGACUUACGAGUCUGACAACAAGGCCGAGUUCUCCCACGAACUCCUCGCUGGUGGUGCCGCCUUCGCCGGCUUCAAGGCCUUCGAGGACCGCCAGCGCAAAGAGGGCAAGCCAGUGUCUCACCAGUUUGCAAAGGAGCUCCUCGCCGGUUUCGCCGGAGCUGAGGUUGACAAGCUCGCCGAGACCAAGGGCGCCGACUACAUUGACCGCGAGAAGGCCAAGCGCCAGGCGAGGGAGCGCAGCGAGGAGCUGUACGACUCUCACUACGGCGACCAGGACCAGUACGAUCCAAACCAGCAGGAGCCACCGAGACAUGUGAAGGAGCACUUCGGCUGGUAGAUGGCUUCGACGAAAGUCAUGCUCUCGUGACAUGGAGGAAGAUGGAACGGAGCUACAAACAUCCGGCAGGUGAUGGCUUUCCUCUCAUGUAGCCGCGUUAUGCAGUGACCAAGACAAUGCAUUCGCGAGCCUCACUUUAUGUUAUUGUUCUUGAGCUUCGGGAGACUCGACCUGAUAAUACAAAGCGAGACCGAGGAGUGAGAAAAAAAGCGAGCAUACAGGUACCUUAACGACUCGAACUAAAGUACAGAGUGUGGUGAAGAAGUGAGGACGAAGUGAGAAGAGUGAGGACCUCACUCGAACAUCCAUGCCUCCUGUAAGCCAGGCUUACUAAGCUUGCUCGCGCCAUCA